CGGACACGUCGCGCUAGCUUAGCGCGUCGACUCGCGUGUUCUCGCGCCCGCGUCCAUGAGUGACAAGUAUGUUGCCUUUAUCCAUCAAGGACGACGAGUAUAAGCCUGCCAAGUUCAGUUUGUUGCUCAAGCUGUCAGGAUGGAUCAGGUCCAUUUUGUCGGACAAAACGUCGAGGAAUUUGUUUUUCUUCCUGUGCUUGAACCUUUCCUUCGCCUUUGUGGAGCUGAGCUACGGCAUAUGGAGCAACAGUCUAGGUCUGAUCUCGGACUCGUUCCACAUGUUUUUCGACUGCACGGCGCUGCUGGCGGGCCUGGCAGCCUCGGUCAUCUCCAGGUGGCGCUCUAACGACAGCUUUUCUUACGGGUAUGUCAGAGCUGAGGUGAUUGGCGGCUUCGUCAACGGACUCUUCCUCAUCUUCACUGCCUUCUUCAUCUUCUCUGAAGGAGUUGAGAGGGCUCUGGAGCCUCCGGACGUUCAUCACGAGCGUCUCCUUCCCGUCUCGGUCGCCGGCCUGCUCGUCAACCUGGUGGGAAUCUUUGUUUUCCAACACGGCGGACACGGACACUCGCAUGCAGAUCACGGUCACGGGCACAGCCAUUCGCUGUUUAACGGCAGCGCCGGCCACGGCCACGCCCACCACGGCCACGCCCACCACCACGGCCAUCACGGACACGCCCACGGCGGACACGGUGGCCACGAAGGCCACGCCCACCACGGCGGUCACCACGGGCACAGCCACCACGAUCUUGAUGACGAGCGUCGGCUGGGUUCCAGUAAGCAGAUCCUUCAAGGCGUGUUGCUGCACAUCAUGGCCGACACGCUGGGCAGCGUGGGCGUGAUCGUUUCGGCUCUCCUGAUGCAGAACUACAACCUGAUGAUCGCCGACCCCAUCUGCUCCAUGCUCAUCGCCGUCCUCAUCGGAGUCAGCGUGGUUCCUCUGCUGCGAGAGUCCAUCGGCAUCCUGAUGCAGAGAACGCCGCCGUCCCUGGAGCGCGCCCUCCCCGAGUGCUACCAGCGGGUGCAGCAGCUGGAGGGCGUGUACAACGUGCAGCAGCCCCACUUCUGGACCUUGUGUACGGACGUGUACGUGGGAACCCUCAAAGUGGUGGUGGCCCCCGACGCCGACGCUCGCUGGAUCCUCAGUCAGACGCACAACAUCUUCACGCAGGUGGGCGUUCGGCAGCUCUACGUUCAAAUCGACAUGGCCGCCAUGUAGAGGCUCCUCCCCUUCUGGACUCUGGGACCAAUGGCAGUCUAUGGCGGUGACCUCUGACCUCGGGGUCACGGUGGAACUUUCGGGGGCGGGGACAUACUGCGAUGAACCUGACUGAACCGCCC